AUGCCGCCGACAUCGCUCUUGCGGACGCUACGGCUCAGCCCACAGCUCACCCGACCAGCUGUCCCCGCAUUCCGGCGGUACGCCUCGCACGGGCACGGACCGCGCUACAACGAGCCCUCUGGCUUGGUCUUUGGCGAGAAGCCGCCACCGCCGGGACAGAAGCGCAAGAGGGAGGAUUGGGAGAUCAUGUGGUAUGUCGGGAUGUACGGCUCGAUGGCGCUGGCAGCGGUGCUGCUGUACUACAAGCCCGACAACAGCAUGCAGACGUGGGCAUACAACGAGGCAAAGGCGCGGAUGGAGGCGCGGGGCGAGAAGACGAGUUACCCGUGA